AUAUGCAUUUUGUGCAUGUUUAAUUUUUUAUGUAAGCCUAGUAGUUUUGGUAUAAGAUCACCAGCAAAGUCAUGUUCCAGUACACCUUAUGCAAUAUGUUGUGGAAAAUUAACACACGAAGUUCUUUAUCAAGCCUUUCUUUCAUCUUUCUCCUUGUGUGUGUGUCCAGGUAACACUUCUCUGUCUGUACUUGUGGACACAAAGGUUGUGCUCGCUUGUCCUCCUGCCAGCUUGACAAAUGUGCUGAUAAUAAGGUGGGACAUAAACCUCAGAGGCAAGCCUUCCUGCUCGAGAGCCUACAGGAGAGAUAAUAAUGAGACCAGUGAAAGAAACUGUACUGAUGAGAGAAUAUCCUGGGAGUCCAGACCUGAUCUGAAUCCUGCCCUUCAGAUUGGUCCCGUGGCCAUGACCCAUGAAGGAUAUUACAGGUGUGAAGUGGCUGCACAGGAAGGGAAUUUCGGUCUUGGAUAUCACCUCCAAGUGUCAGUGCCACCUGAGGUGACCCUGUUUCGAGGCAGCAAUGGAAGUAUCGUGUGCAGGGCAGCUGCAGCGAAUCCAGCUGCCCAGAUCUCCUGGACCCCACAGGGAGACUGUGACACUGUGGAACAACAGUUGGGCAAUGGUGCCGUGACCAUCCAGAGUACAUGCCAGUGGGAGGACAGCCAGGUGUCUAAUGUGUCCUGCUCUGUCUCUCAUGUGACUGGCAACAAGAGUCUGUCCUUAGACUUGAAUCAAGGUAUCAUAACUCUGGAAUUUCCAGCAUCAGCUUUACUGAUCAUUCUCUAUGUGAAAUUCUCUCUAUUCUUGGUUAUCCUGGUCAUCGUGGGAUGCACCUACUUCCAGAUAAUAAAUGAUUGCAGAGCAUGAAUAUUGAAAAAUCUGGAAGUCAAUUUAGAUUUGAUGAGACAUCAUGAAGAUCAGCCUUUGGGUUCAGCAUCUAACUCAACUGCUCCUAUUACUAUUUGAUACCUUUGUGUUUAUGUGAAUCACUGUGAUAGUUGGCAAAUCCUGUUUCAAACUCUUAGCAUAUGUGUAUUUAUACACAUGCCAAAGCUUACUGCCUGCCAUCAUAAAUGCCUGGGAUGACUCAUCUACUUUCCCCUUUGCCUUACUGAGUUCAGAUUUGCAAACAAGAAAUAGCCCUGCUUCUCAGCCUAAAGAGGAAGAUGGCUCAGCAAAUGGCAAAUUACAAUGCUUUGCAGUUUUUCUACACCCUUUUGGGUUCUUUGGAUAGUGCUUUCAUACUUGCUUCUUGUUUCCUCUGCCCUUUAAAGAUGCUAAGUAAUGUUGCAAUGUCAGAAGUCACUGCAAACACGACCUUCCGGUUGACCUGUAGCCAGCCUCCCAUCCCUUUCUUGCUUGCUAGAAAUUAAUACAUGUUUGGCUUGAUCAUUGAAUAAAUGGCUAGAAGUCAUUUUUAGCAGUACCUUUAUUUUUGAAGAAAUUAUAAGCUGAUCUCAAAUAAGGAGCUCUUAGACUUCCUGUGCUGAAUGUCACCUCAACUUUUAGAGCUCCACUGUUUCAAUUCUCUUUUGUCUGUACUCCAGGUUGGAAUGGAUUAAUGGUGAUGAAAACCCAACAUCUUCUAGGGCCACCAUAAACUGGAACCCUAUCUUCAUUGGUACAUAUGGUAAUCCUGUAGUAAAAAGUAUCCUUCAAUUUAAAGGAAACAUUUCUUCUGUAAGGUGGCAGGUGAUUCAGGCUAUUACUUUUAUUUUUAGCAAGGCUCGAAGGGAGAAAAUGAAUGCACACCACUAUCCGGAAGACAAUAUAUAAGUAGGAUAGUCUAAUUGUUGAAACAAACAACCUCCCAAUCUCAGUGUAUUCAUACCACAAAAGUUUAAUUCUUGCUCACUUCAUAUCCCAGGGCAGGUUGGUAGAUUUAGGGCAGGGGACAAGAGCGGUUCUACUCCAAGGUAGCACUUUAUCCUAUAACUCUGCCCUUCUCAGAGUAUUCUCCAUUCAGCUGGUAAACGGGAAAGAGAGAGAGAAUGAGAAUGAGGGAUUUUAUGUAGGAGGUUUUUAUGAACCAGGCCUGGAGUAGUAACAUGACAUCUGCUCAUGUUCUAUUGGCUAUAUUUGUCACAUGGCCAUACUGACUUCUGUGGAAGUUGGGGAAUGUAGUGUAGUGGCCUCAGCAGAAAUAGAGUCAGGGUUUGGGUACAGAUAGCUAGUUUCUGCCUAUAGUAAAGGAUAGGACAAGUGCUAAGAUUAAUACCUAUUUCAUUAGUAAUUGAACAUGAGCUAAGAAAUAAACUAGUAAAUAAUUUCAUAUAUAACUUACAUUAACUCUUUUCUCUCUUUGUUUCUUUAUUAUAACUCCUUCAUGUUUAAAACAGGACAUAGAAUGGAAAAAGUACCAUAGUUCUGUCACAGGCUCAAAAACACUGUGACACUGAUUGCUAGUUGCCUGAGCCAAUGCUCAUCUUCCCCUUUCUCUUUGUGGUAGAAGAUUGUAUUCACGACUCCAGAUCUUACUCCCUCCCUCUAUCUAUGUAAUUUGUCAGUCAUUUUUGAGUUGGAAACCUAAGGCAAGUGCAUGUUUCUUUAACUCAUGUAAUUUGCUCUAGCCAAUCAAAUGAGGCAGAAAUGGUAGUGUACCAGUUUUGAGCUUACAUCUCAAGAAGUCCUGUGUGUUUCUGUUGCUAGUCCAUGAGAACAUGGCUGGGCUAGUCUGCUGGAGGUUAAGAGCAGAGCUGGGUCCUAGUCCCAUUCAUCACCUCACUGUUGAGGCCAGCCUAGAUAAUGCAACAGUUAGUAUCUCCUAGACAAGGGAGAAGCUCAAUCAAGGUUGGAAGAGCUGCCUACCUGACCCUCAGAUGAUCCUAGACAUUUGAGCAAUUGUUGCUACAAAGGUUUUAUAAUUAUUACACAGCAUUAUUAUGGUAUUAUAUCUCUGAUACAGUGCUUAAUAACAUGACUCCAACUUUAUUUUGUAUGAGACACACUUUACUAAAAGACAUUUCUCAGUUUCCCUUGCAACUAAGUACGACUACGUGUUAAAAUUUUUGCAAAUAAGGUGUAAGCAUAUAUCUUGUGUGAUAUUUUUAGGAUAUCUCUUUAAGGAGAAAGAAGAGAUCCUCUUUUGCUUUUCUUCCUUAUCUCCUGGACUGCAAUACUGGUGUAAUGACUGGAGGUCCAGCAGCCAACUUGGGCCAUGGAUGACAUUGAGGAUGGAAGUCACUCACUAAGAUGAUGGAAAAGAAAGACAGAGGAUCCUGGGCCCUAAAGACCAUGUAGUUGCCAUACUAAACCCUAGAAUACCUAUUGUAAAAUUGUUUCGUGUGAGAGAAAAUAUACUAUUGUGUUCAUGCCACUGUUAUUUUGAGUUUUACUCCAUACGCAGUUGAACUUAAUUCUAGUUAACACAAGUACCUAUUUUGCCAAUUUCAAGGUUUGCUGUUAAUCUUGCAACACAAGUUAUACUCUAUUCAUGUGCAUUUUUCAUGCUCUGUUUUCAUUCUUCCCAUGGAGAUUAUGAAACAGGUGUAACUUCGGAAGAUAUUAACCAUAUGUAUAAGAACCAUCUCUGUGAUAGUUCCAGAAGAAUUCCUGGUUAUGUAAAGCUGAAGGAUACUCUGGGAUUGUGAUAGAAAAGGGCUUGGGAAUCUGGAGAUGUGCAAAGAUCAUCUAAUAGUCAGCCAAUCCCUACACAUGCGAGGACAUGUCUGCAUUACAGGAUUGGGAAGAUAAAGACACUGUUGUAGGCUCUUAGAGAGGAUCUGAGCAGGAGAAACAGAGGAACUGACAUCUGUGGGGCUUUAUUGUGUUAAUCCUUUUUUCUGCCGUCAUUGAAAUGAAAGGACUCCAUUAUUCCUGGAAGAGAUUUAUCUGAAUUCAUGCUUCUUCACUGCCAUGAUUUUCUAUGUGAUGUCAGAUUGGAAGAAUAAAAAGCUAUAGCU